CGAUCGCCCAACCUAACUGUAUCACCUUACGUCUGCUUUGCGACUCACCCUUCACCACCGCCAAAUUAGAUACUAGGCGACUUGGGGAAACAAAGUCUUCUUCUAGACUCCCAUUCACUUCCGACCUUACUCGAACAAAUCUCACCGCAACCUCAGAACACACUCCCGACCCAGCUACAAAGGAAUACCAUUGCCAGCUGCUCAACAUGAGCGUCGUAGGCUUGGACUUCGGCACGCAAAAUGCUGUCAUUGCAGUAGCGCGGAACAAGGGCGUCGAUGUCAUCACCAACGAAGUCUCCAACCGUGCCACCCCCUCCCUCGUCAGCUUCGGCCCCAAGAGCAGAUAUCUCGGCGAAUCGGCCAAGACGCAGGAAGUGUCGAACCUCAAAAACACCGUCGGCUCGCUCACCCGACUGGCGGGCCGCUCGAUCAACGAUCCCGAUGUCAAGAUUGAGCAGCAGUUCGUCUCUGCUCCGCUGGUCGAUAUAAAUGGCACGGUGGGCGCCGAGGUCAACUACAUGGGCAAGAAGGAGAGGUUCACUGCGGCGCAGCUGUGUGCCAUGUUCUUGACGAGGGUGAAGCAGACCGCGUCCGCGGAGCUGAAGCUCCCUGUCAAUGACAUGGUUAUUGCUGUCCCCGCUUGGUAUGCCGAUGCACAAAGAAGAGUGAUCCUCGAUGCCGCGGACAUUGCCGGCAUCAAGGUCUUGCGCCUGAUCAACGAGACCACCGCGACUGCUUUGGGCUAUGGCAUCACCAAGCUCGAUCUCCCUACGGGCGAGGAGAAGCCGCGGAGGACUGCCUUCAUCGACAUCGGCCACAGCAACUACACCUGCUCCAUCUGCGAGUUCCGAAAGGGCGAGCUGAAGGUCAUCUCGACUGCAUACGACAGGCAUUUCGGCGGCCGCAACUUUGACCAAGCCCUGGUCGAUCACUUCCGGACGGAAUUCCAGACCAAAUUCAAGAUCGACAUCAACGAGAAUCCCAAGGCUCGAGUGCGAGUGGCAGCUGCCACGGAGAAAUUGAAGCGCAUUCUAUCCGCCAACGCCGAGGCGCCGCUCAACAUCGAGUCGCUCAUGAACGAUGUCGAUGUGCGCACAUCGAUGAAGCGCGGCGAGCUCGAGGAGCUUGUCAAGCCUCUCCUGGAGCGCGCAACCGCCCCGCUCGAGCAAGCGUUGGCCGAGGCCAAGCUCAAGCCGGAAGACAUCGACUACGUUGAGCUAGUGGGCGGGAGCACGCGUGUGCCAGCUCUCAAGGCCGCCAUCCAGAACUUCUUCGGCAAGCAGUUGUCCUUCACCCUGAACGCGGACGAAGCCAUCGCUCGCGGCUGUGCAUUCAGCUGCGCCAUCCUCUCCCCUGUCUUCCGAGUGCGCGACUUUAGCGUGCAGGACAUUGUCAACUACCCCAUUGAGUUCACCUGGGAGAAGUCUGCCGACAUUCCGGACGAAGACACCAGCCUGACGGUCUUCAACAAGGGCAACGUCAUGCCUUCCACCAAGAUCCUGACCUUUUACCGAAAGCAGCCAUUCGACCUCGAGGCGAAGUACGCUAAGCCCGAGCUCCUACCGGGCAAGAUGAACCCGUGGAUCGGACGCUUCAGCGUCAAGGGCGUCAAGGCAGAUGGCAAGGACGACUUCAUGAUCUGCAAACUCAAAGCACGACUUAACCUGCACGGCGUCUUGAACGUCGAGCAAGGGUACUACGUCGAAGAGCAGGAAGUUGAAGAGCCGGUGGCGGAAGGAAAGGAUGACAAGAAGGACGGCGAUGCCAUGGACACCGACGAGAAGGCAAACGGCGAGGCCAAGCCGCCGCUCAAGACGAGGAAGGUUAAGAAGCAAGUUCGCAAGGGUGACUUGCCGCUCUCUGUCGCCACUGCAUCGCUCGACCAAACGCAGAAGGACUCCUUCGCCGAGCAGGAGGGACAGAUGAUUGCGGAGGACAAACUCGUCGCCGACACCGAGGACAAGAAGAAUGAGCUCGAGUCGGAGAUUUACUCCAUGCGGAACAAGAUUGACGAGCCGUACCAGAGCAAUGGCUACGCGGACUUUGCCAGUGAAGACGAAAAGACGAAAGUUAAGGCCAAGUGCGAGGAGCUUGAGGACUGGCUUUACGACGACGGCGAAGACGCGUCAAAAGGCCAAUACAUCGCGAAGAUGGAUGAGCUGCGCGCCGCUGCGGGCCCCAUCAUCCAGCGCUUCAACGACAAGCGACAAGAAGAAGAGGAGGCGCGGCGAAAGGUGGCCGAGGAGGCUGCGGCCAAGAAGCGCGCAGAAGAGGAGGCAAAGAAGAAGGCCGAGGAGGAGAAGAGGAAGGCUGACGAGGAGGCCAAGAGGGCUGCUGAUGCUGCGGCUGCGGCGCGCCCGGCGGCGACUGAGAGCGACGAGGCUAUGACUGAUGCUCCCGAGGGGGCGGAGGAGGGCGUCAAGCCGAGCGAUGUUGAGGAGGCGUGAGGCAGGAUUACGCAGGGUGAUUUGGAGGAAAGGGUAAUGAUGGGAAUAGAUCGUUAGGCAUAGCGAAACUCUUGUAUGUUUCUCCGUGA